GGCGCUUAUGGUUAACACUGUUUUUGUUUGAACUUUGGCAAUGGAGAUUUGAUCUCUCUCUCUCUCUCUCUCUCUCUCUCUCUCUCUCUCUCUCUCGCUUCUGGUUUUUUCCUCUCCCUGUCUCUCACUUGUCGCAAUCCCUAGAAACCCUCCUCUAAAAACCCCUAAUUUCCUACAAAGUCGCAAUUGUCUGCCAAUCUCCAUCCUCCCAACUUCAACCGCCAUUGUUGCUUCUCCUCGCUACUUGUCCUCGUUGUUCAGUUCGAUAAGAUAAGAUAAUUAUCCCCUCGUUCUCAGGCCGAUGCUCUUGUCUUUUUGUUAUCUCUUAGUUCGUCAGUACAGCCCGGAAAUACCUCUGAAGCUUUGAAGUUGAAGCUUGCGAAAGGCGGUGAAAAUCCCGAUUUAAUCUCUUCGUGCAGUGAAUUCGCUGUUAUUUUCUUUCCGUUUCUCUCUUUUUUUCCUGAUUCCACCCGCAAGGUGUGGUAUGAUUUGGAUUUAGUUCAAAUCUUAGACUCUACUGAUAUUUACUGAGGUUUAGCAAUUCUUGGGAAAUCUUGGUUCUUGUUGAUUUUGGCUUUGGUUACUCGGGUUGUAUCAAGCUUAUCAUUUUGCCAUACCUGCUGUUUGAAUAGUUUGAGCUUGUGGAACUAUAAAGAUUCGAUUUUUGUGGAAGCCCUGGUUUACAUUCCGAGUUUUGGAGGGGCAUAAGGUUGUUAUCUGUGGAAUUUUGGUGGGUUUGCUUGGAAAAUGACUGUGGAUGAAGUCAGUGGUAGUUCUACAUGGAGUAGGGAGGAUGAUAUUGCUUUUGAGAAUGCUCUUGUGACUCAUCUCGAUGAAACUGAAGAUCGGUGGGAGAAAAUCGCGGCGGAUGUUCCUGGGAAAACUCCAGAUCAGAUCAAAGAGCAUUAUGAGCUUCUAGUUGAAGAUAUUAAUAAGAUCGAAUCUGGAUGUGUGCCUCUUCCUACUUACAGUUCUCCGGAGGGUUCAAAUGGCCAUGCGGGUGAAGAAGGAGGAACUGGUAAGAAGGGUGGCGGCAGUCAUGGGGGUGACUCCAACCACGGCGGUAAAUCAAAGCCAGAGCAAGAACGGCGGAAAGGGAUCGCCUGGACAGAGGAUGAACACAGGCUAUUUCUUCUGGGUUUGGAUAAGUACGGAAAAGGUGACUGGCGCAGCAUUUCUCGUAACUUUGUGGUGACAAGAACUCCCACCCAAGUUGCGAGCCACGCCCAAAAGUACUUCAUCCGUCUCAACUCCAUGAACAAGGACAGAAGGCGAUCAAGCAUUCACGACAUAACCAGUGUCGGGAACGGGGACAUCUCAUCACCACAGGGACCAAUCACAGGUCAGAACAACAAUGGCGGGGCAGCUGGUCCAGUGGGCGGUUCCACAAAGUCAGCCAAGCAAGCUGCCUCUCAACCAACUCCAGGCCCACCUGCCAUGUAUGGUGCACCCACCAUAGGCCAACCAGUAGGUGGACCGCUUGUUUCAGCCUUGGGCACGCCUGUGAACCUCCCGGCUCCAGCCCACAUGGCUUACGGUGUCCGCGCUCCUCCAGUCCCUGGCUCAGUGGUUCCUGGUGCACCCAUGAACAUGGCUCCAAUGCCAUACCCGAUGCCACAUGCACCCACAACUCAUAGGUAACAAAGCCAGUGUAAUGCCUUAUCGUUAGGUGUAAGAUUUGUAAAGGAUAGUGAAACAUUCUGUUCUGUGUUGGGGUUCAAGAGUGAGUUUAGCUUUUUUGUUGAAUUCUGGGGGUUUGAAUAAGAACAUGAUUAUUAGUUUCAGACAUCAAAGAUUUGUGUUUUUAUGGGGAAAAAAAAUAAAGACAAACCUUUCCUCUUCA